GGUCCGGAGUGGCAGCGAAGGAGGAAGAUGGCGGGGUGCAGGGGGUCCCUGUGCUGCUGCUGCAGGUGGUGCUGCUGCUGCGGAGAGAAUGAGACCCGAACUCCCGAGGAGCUGACCAUCCUUGGAGAGACACAGGAAGGGGAGGAUGAGAUCCUUCCAAGGAAAGACUAUGAGAGUUUGGACUAUGACCGUUGCAUCAAUGACCCUUACUUGGAGGUUUUGGAGACGAUGGAUAAUAAGAAAGGCCGAAGGUACGAAGCGGUGAAGUGGAUGAUGGUGUUCGCCAUUGGAGUCUGCACUGGGCUGGUGGGUCUCCUUGUGGACUUUUUUGUCCGACUCUUCACCCAGCUCAAGUUUGGAGUGGUUCAGACGUCGGUGGAGGAGUACAGCCAGAAGGGCUACCUCGCCCUGUCCCUCCUGGAGCUCCUGGGCUUUAACCUGACCUUCGUCUUCUUGGCGAGCCUCCUUGUCCUCAUCGAGGUGAGCUGCUUUGGGAAUGGCCCCUUUGUCCUCGAGGUUUUCGGGCUCUUUGUGGGGAAGGAAGGCCCUAUGAUCCACAGCGGGGCCGUGGUGGGAGCUGGCCUCCCUCAGUUUCAGAGCAUCUCCUUACGGAAGAUCCAGUUUAACUUCCCCUAUUUCCGAAGCGACAGAGACAAGCGAGACUUUGUGUCAGCAGGGGCUGCUGCUGGGGUCGCUGCAGCUUUCGGGGCCCCGAUUGGGGGCACCUUGUUCAGCCUGGAGGAGGGCUCGUCCUUCUGGAACCAGGGGCUCACAUGGAAAGUGCUCUUCUGUUCCAUGUCUGCCACCUUCACCCUCAACUUCUUUCGUUCUGGGAUUCAGUUUGGAAGUUGGGGUUCCUUCCAGCUCCCUGGAUUGCUGAACUUUGGCGAGUUUAAGUGCUCUGACUCUGAUAAAAAAUGUCAUCUCUGGACAGCUAUGGACCUGGGUUUCUUCAUCGUGAUGGGGGUCAUCGGGGGCCUCCUGGGGGCCACGUUCAACUGCCUGAACAAGAGRCUUGCCAAGUACCGCAUGCGAAACGUGCACCCGAAACCCAAGCUGGUCAGGGUCUUGGAGAGCCUCUUGGUGUCCCUGGUGACCACCGUGGUGGUGUUUGUGGCCUCGAUGGUGUUAGGAGAAUGCCGACAGAUGUCCUCUUCGAGUCAAGUGGGUAACGGCUCAUUCCAGCUCCAGGUCACAUCAGAAGAUGUGAAUUCAAGUAUCAAGACAUUUUUUUGUCCCAAUGAUACCUACAAUGACAUGGCUACCCUCUUCUUCAAUCCCCAAGAGUCUGCCAUCCUCCAGCUCUUCCACCAGGACGGGACUUUCAGCCCCAUCACCCUGGGCUUGUUCUUCGUCCUCUACUUCCUGCUUGCAUGUUGGACUUACGGCAUUUCUGUGCCAAGUGGCCUGUUUGUGCCUUCUCUGCUGUGUGGAGCUGCUUUUGGACGUUUAGUCGCCAAUGUCUUGAAAAGCUACAUCGGAUUGGGCCACAUAUAUUCAGGGACCUUUGCCCUGAUUGGUGCCUCGGCUUUCUUGGGUGGGGUCGUCCGGAUGACCAUCAGUCUCACGGUCAUCCUGAUAGAGUCCACCAACGAGAUCACUUACGGACUUCCCAUUAUGAUCACUCUGAUGGUGGCUAAAUGGACAGGAGACUUUUUCAAUAAGGGCAUUUAUGACAUCCACGUGGGCCUGCGAGGUGUGCCACUUCUGGAGUGGGAGACAGAGGUGGAGAUGGACAAGUUGCGAGCCAGUGACAUCAUGGAGCCCAACCUGACCUACGUCUACCCGCACACCCGCAUCCAGUCUCUGGUUAGCAUCCUGCGUACCACGGUCCACCACGCCUUCCCCGUGGUCACAGAGAACAGGGGCAAUGAGAAGGAGUUCAUGAAGGGCAACCAGCUCAUCAGCAACAACAUCAAGUUCAAGAAAUCCAGCAUCCUCACCCGGGCCGGCGAGCAGCGCAAGCGCAGCCAGUCCAUGAAGUCCUACCCGUCCAGUGAGCUGCGCAACAUGUGUGACGAGCACGUGGCCUCCGAGGAGCCCAGUGAGAAGGAGGACCUCCUGCAGCAGAUGCUGGAGCGGAGAUACACCCCCUACCCCAACCUAUACCCUGACCAGUCCCCGAGCGAAGACUGGACCAUGGAGGAGCGCUUCCGCCCGCUCACCUUCCACGGCCUCAUCCUGCGCUCCCAGCUCGUCACCUUGCUCGUCCGAGGAGUGUGUUACUCUGAGAGUCAGUCGAGUGCCAGCCAGCCGCGCCUCUCCUAUGCCGAGAUGGCCGAGGACUACCCGCGGUACCCCGACAUCCAUGACCUGGACCUGACACUGCUGAACCCCCGGAUGAUUGUGGAUGUCACUCCAUACAUGAACCCUUCGCCCUUCACAGUGUCCCCCAACACCCACGUCUCCCAAGUCUUCAACCUGUUCAGGACAAUGGGGCUGCGCCACCUACCAGUGGUGAAUGCCGUGGGAGAGAUUGUUGGCAUCAUCACGCGGCACAACCUGACAUCCGAGUUCCUGCAGGCCCGCCUGCGGCAGCACUACCAGACCCUCUGACAGCCUGCCUCGCUGCCACCGCCAGCCCCCCGCUCGCACUCUGGCUGCUGCAGCCGGCUGGGGCUGUUCUAGGGCACGGGGUUCCCGGCCACCCACCUGCCCAGAACCGGGUCUCGUGGAACGCUUUGCUGGUCAGAGGUCCUGGGGAUGACGUUGAACCAUCAGAGUGUGGACUUUCCCGACUUCCUCAGCAAGUACCUUCCUCUUUCCUGCUCCCUGUGUUCCUGCCUGUGUUGGCACAGGCCUGCCUCGGCCCCAAGAGAUCAGGACUGGAGGGGGAAGUCAGGUUGGAUCCCCAGGGGACGUGUGGAGCAGUUUCUUGGCCCACAUUGCUUUCCUGGACAGCCCAGCUGCUGCCUUAGUCCUCUGGGAGGAGCGUGGGUCGAGGCGCACCUGGGGGAUGCCAUUUCCAAAAUCAGGUUCAUUACUAAGUUUAGGAAUCGGGCACCCGGAAGAUUCCCCGUGUUCAGGGGCCACUUUAUUGGGACUCUUCACUCGAUCCUCCUCCCUUGAGACUGCUCACUUAAUGUCUUCUGGUUCAUCUAAGGGAACCUGUGUGCUCCUCGGGAAUGCGCAGGUGCUCUGCUCUCUCCUUAGAACCUGCCCUCUGGGAGCACUGCAGCUGGAGAUGAGGAGUSCAGUCACAGGGUCAGAUUGACCCCACCCUGUCUCUCCAUUUGCAGAUUGCUCCAGGUCUUCCAGGCCACAUUUGUCCCCUAACAGUCUCCUAUCCUUUCAUCUCCACCAUUUAUUAGAUUUUCUAAGUUUUUAUCUCCGUCUCCCUGAUGAGAGGGCCCCAUCUCAGUCUUGACUCACCCUCAAAGUCAAUCAAAACCAGAGCCCCCCAGACUAACCCUCUUCCUGGAGCCCCGGAAGUAGGUUGUUCCUGGAGCUGGCAAGAAGUCCACCUGAGCAGGCAGUCCCUCAGAGGCUCCUGUAGGAGGAAGCAGGGGCUGCUUGCAGGAGGAGGUGUCUCCCCUUCACGGUCAUCUCACUCCCCUACUGCCAACCUCCCCGUCCUCCUGAGGGGCUCAGGGACAGGGGCUCAGCAGGGUCUGCUGCACUGCAGGGGUGGGGUGGGGGAGGUGCUUCCCGCCUGCAGGUGCCUGAAGGUUUUAGUGGUGACCAGAGGAAGCACCCUGCCUGCUCUUCCAGGACCCAGAAGAUCUGGAUGGGACGUUGGCACCCAUCUUCCUCCAACUUCCACAUGUCUUUUGGCAUCUUGGUCCCAUCAGGUGUCCCUCUAGCAGCUGUUCGUUGGGACUCGAGAUGGUGUUCAUUUGCAUUUAGUGUUUUUUAAACCAUGAAAUUGCCCCAUGGCAUCCGUGCCCUGGGCCUGGCUUCUUGCAGCCUGGGCAUGGUGUCACUCCCGGCUUGGCCGGCCUCAUGCCCCGCCCRUUCUAGAGAAUCAUUCUAUGUGUGCAGGUGGGCUUCAGGGCCUUUUCCAACUGACCAAGGCCUGUGGCCCUCCAGUCGCCCAUUUGUUUAUCCUUUUGACCGAAAUGAUGUUGACUUCUCCAUUUGCAGCAUCUCUGGACGCAGGCUUGUGUAUUGGGGUGACACUCCCAGUGACUAGUUCAGGAGCUCAGAGCGCUUUUCAGGGGGUGCGUUCAUCUGGUUGCAGCUUUGUACUGUGCUGCUCAGAGCUUGACCCUGUUUUUUCCUUUUACUGAGAACUGGUUUUAUUAAGCCAGUUGUCCAAGGCAGGAGAACCAAGUCACCGCCUAUCAGAGGACCCUCACCCCCUGGCCCUGCCCAGUGUGGGGACCCUAGGCCUUAAGGGCUGGGCCGCCAGCCACCUGCCUCACUGAGGCUGUCUGGAUGCCACUGUUGGACUUCAUCCCUUGAGCACAUCGAGUUGUUCUGUUGAUCAGUUUAACCCAGAAAUAGAUAAUAGAGUGCAGACGCCUCCCUCACCCUGAGCCAGUCACUGGCCACCGAGGAGGCCCCCAGCACAGGCCCCCUAAAGGCAUGUGGAUUCCUGGACUCCUCCUUUCUGCACCUGCCCCUCUCAGAAAAGCCCAAAGAUGACAACUUCUCCACUUGUGACCAGAAAUCUAAGCCUUGCUCCUUGGAUUUCUGUGCAGUAGAAACCAGCGCCCGCAGAGUCUCACUUGUUAACAGCCUUGCAGCUGCCUCGCCCRGAGCUGGGCACCUGGAUAAGGCAUCUGCAGGGGGGAAUCAGGUCACCAGAGGGGCUCUUCUUUGCUCCACCUCUAGCURAUGCAGUGAGGUGACAGGUCUCCAGUCUGGUGGAAUUUUGCCCUUUUGGGGAUCUCUGCUCUCGCACGAUCUUGUUUGCCCUGGUGGGAAUGGAAUCUUGCUUGGCCCAGACAACCACGUGACAGUUCUGAUGCAGGAUUGUGUGCUGACUGGGYCCCUGGUAACAAGGAGGCUUCAGGAAAGGCCACUUGGCCCUCAGUAUUGACAUGCAGUGCCGCCCUCAGCCCUGCUGACCUUGGGCGUCCCUCCUCCGCAGCCGCCUCCUUUCUGUUUGCACUGUUUGUUUACAAGGUAACGUGAGCUAAUUCCACUGUGUAUAUAAAUCAAUCGUAUUUUUUUUUAAUUUGUAAAAUUCUAUUUUUAUUUGAAUUUUUGGAACUUGGAAGUUCUCAUGGUAACUGUAACAUGUCAGAG